GUAUGUUUUGUUUGUGUGCGCGAGGAUGAUUACGCGCGGAGUGUUUAGCAGCGGCUGCUCGCACCAAUAAUUCAAGAACUGGAUUCCCCCCUCCCCCCGGCCGCGGGGUUGGAGAACCUGGUGAUCCUGACAUCGCAUGUCUUCGCGGCUUCGGCGCGCGGAGUGGACGCGGUUGUUGCGUGAAGCGCGAUGAACGCGACGAGCCUGUACGUGUCUACGUGUCGACUGGUGCUGCAGGCGGACGCCGAGGAUCCCAACUCCUGGACGGAUCUGUACAGGCUGGUGCCGUAUCUGCGGCAGAGUCUCAGCUGCACCGUAUGCUCGAACCUCCUCAUCGAGCCACACACGCCGACCGAGACCAACUGUCAGCAUCACGUGUGCCGCGGAUGCCGCGGCGGCCGCAAGAAGCUGAAACCGUCCUGCGGUUGGUGCAAGGACUACGAGAAAUACGUGGAGAACGUCCAGCUGCGGAUACUGCUGCAGUGUUAUAAGAAGUUAUGCGAAUACCUGACCAGCACCGGUAUCUAUCGCACCCUUCUGCUGUCCGUGACAUCCGCCAACAGCGCUACCACCAACGGGGCACCGUCCACCAUCGGUGCCACUAGUCUCAUGGAGCUUAUCCAGGAAGGCGCGGGUUUUAAGGACGAGUUCAAAAGCAACGCCGGUCUGUCCAAAUCCGCGUACAGUAUCCUACCCUGUGUUUACACCAGUACCACUUCAACUCAGACCCAGGGAAAUAGCGUUCAGACCACUGAGGCGAUAUCCCAGAAUAUACCUGAAUCGCCAACGAUUCGUACGGUAUCGAAUGGAUCUUCUAUAUAUUCUGUGAUGUAUGCUGGAUCUGGUAAUAAAAUUACAAUAAAACGUAAGGCUGCUGCUACAGAGGACAUGGAUACGAGUCAACAGGAGACAGAUGGCAGCCAGCACAGCUCUGUAGGAGGGGUAAAAUGCAUUCCGUCUUCCCACCUUAGAUAUGGGACCCCUUCUGAGAAAAAAUCUUCAAAGAGCAGCAAACAGUCUUCAGGGAGUUUUAAGAAGCCAAGGUCAAGCUCAGCUAGAAGUAAAAGGAAAGGAUGCAGAUGUGGCAAUGCCACUGCAAUACCUGGCAAACUUACCUGUUGUGGUCAAAGGUGUCCUUGUUAUGUGGAAAGUAAACCCUGUGUAGAAUGUAGAUGUAGAGGUUGCAGAAAUCCUCACACGGCAGAUGGAUUAAAGAUCCGUCCACAUAUACCUGAACUUCAUAAUUUACAAUUGCAAUUGUCCACUUCUUUGGAUUGCGAUGCAUUAAGUGGAGAUCCUCUGGGAUCUGUACCGCAGUGUUUAUCGACGUCUCCUACAACAAUACAAGUUUUAAAUGUGUAUUCCACUCCGAGACUAGAUAUAGACAAUGUACCACAAAACUUACCCGCUGCUUUGUUAGUGGGGGAAGAUGCUAUGGUGAGUACUGAAAGUGAAGCAGAAGAUAGUGAUAUACAAAUUGAUGUGUGACAAAAUAUUUAAAUAAACUUUGCAAAGGUGAUAAUAAAUACUUGUAGUAACAGAAUAUGGCGAGUGCGCCUGUAAAUAGAAAAGGACGCGUUAUGUAAAUAAGCUUAAUUAAAAUUAAUGUUGAAAAUUGUAAGAAUCAAAAAUAUAGCAGUUACAAAUUUGCAGUGGUAAUAGUAAACAUAUAUAUAUAUGCGUGUGUGUGUGUGUGCGCGCGCGCAUAUGUGUAUAUGUUUACUAUCACUUAUAUAUUUGUGUAAAUAAUUUUGUACAUGACAUAAAAAAACUAAGAAAUUUAAUUAGACGUUUAACAUGUUCUCUGCCACAUGGGCCAACCUUAUGGAAAUUUCCGUUUAAACCGUUUAAUAUUUUUGCUAUUAAAUGUAAUUAUUAUAAAAUAUUUUGUAAAAUCAUCUGCUGAUAUCUAUAUAUAUGCAUAAGUACAAUUAUUGUAUUGUGUAUGGAACGCGUACAUUCAUUUCUAAUAAUUAAUUUUAAUUUAAAAUUUGAUUGCAACAACAAAUAUUGUGCAUGUCAAGUUUCAAAAUUCCAAUUUAAUUUUUAUAUUUUUAUAUCCAUGCUGAAGAAAUGGACCAAAAAACGCUCCAAAACGUACAUUUUGAAUGCAUUUUGUUAAUAAAAAUUUAACGAUAGUAAAUUUGCGCACCGGCACUUGUGCCUUGGCUCUUAUCUGCCAAUAUUUCCACUUAAUUAUUUGUCUGAGCCUAUUGUUGUUAUUAUUCUUUCUGUUUAUUUUAUAGCAAUUAUAUUAUAUAUUCUUAUUUAUUUUAUUCUAUAGAGCAUUUUAAGCUUACAUUUUUUUCUUGAUAACAAUAAAAUUUCGCAAUCUUAUAAAAAUUACAUGUCAUAAGCAAAAUUAUGAGCCUCGAUAACGUGAGGUGAGCAAUAGUCGUGAAUGGAAAGACAAGACCAAAAAUUAGUCUGGCAUAGAACAUGUUAAUCACAAUGACAACAGUCAAUUUUGUCUAUAUUGUAAAUUAAUCAUCAUUAUGAUUUAGCAUC